GAUCCGACGGGUGGCUUCGUCCAAUAUGUGACCAAGGAAGUUGCUGGAAGCACUCCGCUCAUUGGCAACUCUUCAGACCUAAUCUACAUUGGUGUCGACGACGCCAAUGCCUACACCCCAGGAGGGGUCGGACGCCCCAGCGUCCGACUCCAAAGCAAACUCACCUUCACUGAAGGUCUCUUCGUCAUCGACCUAACACACAUCCCAGUGGGCUGCGGUACAUGGCCAGCACUCUGGACAACCGGGCUGAAUGACUGGCCUGCUGAUGGAGAAAUCGACAUCAUCGAGAACGUCAAUGAUGCUCGUGCUAACAAUGCUGCCAUCCAUGCAACCGGAGACUGCCUUGUAGACGCCGCAACUUCUCAAACCGGUACCUGGAAGAGCACAGAUUGCAGCGUCGGUCACGACGACAACCAGGGGUGCGGAACUGUGUUCACCGAACCCUUCAACUACGGUGCUGAAUUCAAUGCCAAUGGCGGUGGCGUCUACGCCAUGGAAUGGACAUCUGACACCAUCAAGAUCUGGUUCUUCCCACCUACCAAUGUCCCGUUGACCCUCUUGAACGGCGGUGUACCUGACUCAGCAACCUUCGGGACACCGAGCUCCGUUUUCAAUGGACCAUGCUCAGGCUCGUUCAGCGAAAAGUUCUUCAACCACAGCAUCAUCAUCGACACCACCUUCUGUGGUGGUUGGGCUGGUGGCACGUUCGGCACUGGCAGCUCCUCGUGCCCGAUCAAAGAGGGACUAAGUCCACAAGAUAGCUGCAUCGACUUUGUAGCCAACAAUCCUGAGGCGUUUAAAGAUGCGUACUGGGGUAUCAGAAGCGUCAAGGUAUGGGAG